GUCAGUCUCCAACCAUACUAAAAUAUUUUAACAUGCAAAUUAAAAUAGGAAGAAAAUGCAUCACUGCAAGUGUUCGCCAAUCUGCAGCUUACACAGCAGCAAAUUGCGAAGAUGAAAAAUCUAUAGAAAUCCUACGCGAUUUCUGUAGAGAAGAAAUGGUGUCACCUAUUGAUAAUCGCAGCGACACCAUUCUUCAUUUUAUUGCCAUUCACGGUAACGUGCGAGCAUUUCGACUAAUUAUUGAUGAAAGGCCAGUGAGCAGUGAAGAUUUGAGAGUUAAAAACAAGAAUGGAGAUACACCUUUGCAUGAAGCUGCUAGGUUUGGACGAAAGAAAAUUGUGGAGAUGAUGUUAAGCUUGAAAAGAGAUCUUGUUUUGGAGAGAAAUAACUGGGGAGAGACACCCAUUUAUGUUGCAGCUGCGAGUGGAGAAAAAGAAGUGUUCAUUUUGUUAGCAGAGAACAAUCUUUGUAAUGAAUUUACUAUGACGAGGAACGAUGGAAGAACUGUUCUACAUGCUGCUGUAACUCAAGAGUGUUAUUACUUCGCAUUACAGUUGCUGGAAAUAUAUCCUGAAUUAGCCAGCAAAGCUGACGGAAAGGGUACGACUGCAUUAAAUAUAUUGGCUACAAAGCACUUAUCUUUUAGGAGUGGAUCCAUCUAUACAAUCGGACAAUUCGGCACUACGCCUUUCGUUCCUAUGCAGGGAUUUGAAACCUUUAUGUAUUUCUGCAUACCAGCAAUAUAUGGAGAGUCAAAACUUAGUUACAACUUGGAGGAUCCAGAGACUACUAAAAACGUUGUCUUUCAAAGAAAAAGGUCUUCAUUUGUUAACUCUCUGCUAGGUAAUGCAUGGUGAGGAGAAAUUGAUUAUGAAAAGCAAAAGCAUAUUCUUGCAUUAAUAUUAGCAAGAAGAUUGAUAAGGGAAGAAGAUUGGAGCUUCUAUGCCAAUUUUGUGCCAAAUCCACUAAUACAGGCAACAAAACAUGGUAUAAACGAGUUAGUCGUGGAAAUUAUACAAAAUUAUCCUCAAGCAGUAGAAACUGUCGAUGAAGAUGGAAAAAAUAUAUUGCAUAUUGCAGCAGAGCAGAAAAACAGGUUCCUAUUUGAUUACAUUUUGCAAAAGGUAUCUCACAAAGAUAGGCUACUUGCUGAUAUCGAUCAACACGGAAACACCAUAAUGCAUUUUGCAGCAAGUGUUGGAUCGCCAUUCAAAUUUUCUGCAGGGAAACCGAUUAAAACAAUAAGGGGUUACAAAACACUCGUACUCAUGGCAUGGGGUAUCCUCUGGUUUAAGCGCGUAAAAUAUUGUGUACAUCCACGUUUAUGGACGGUGGAAAACAAUGAAGACACGACUGCAACAGAGUUAUUCGAGAUAAAACAUUCAGAAGUAUGUAAAGAAGCAGAGAAAUCAAUCAGAGAAUUAGCAGGUUCAAUUCUUAUACUAGCUACUCUUCUCUGCACAGUCAACUUUGCUGCAGUUUUUACAGUCCCUGGAGGUUUUGAUCAAAAUAGUGGCAUACCUAUUCUCCUCAAGACACAACAUUCAGAUCUAUGGAUGUUGAUGGUUUUCUUAGGUGUAGCUCUUUAUGUUUCAGUAUUCACUGUGGGAACAUUGCUUUCCAUACUUCUAUCGAAGUUUGAUUCAGACGACUUUUAUAUUGCCUUGCCAGUGAAGUACUGCACUGUCAUUAUUUCUGUGUAUUACUCCGCAGCAUUCACAGUUCUGGCCGGCGUUCAAGCUCUUAAUGUUGAGAAUAUAUUCAUGGACAAAGAUGUCUGGUGGCUACUUUUUUGUAUGUUUGUUCUUGGAUUUGUAGGACCUUUAAUACUCCUAGACUUAAGUUAUUUCGCCUUUGAUUAUAUGUACCAUUUCAUUCGUUAUUCAGUUUCUUAUAAGAGGUUCAUACAUGUAUUCUGAAUUACUAUAUUUUACUAUGUUUUAUUAUGA